CAGCUGAUGCUGUUGUCAUCGAGUGGGUGUCCCUGGAGUCUGGAUCUUUUACCGUUACAGGCCCAAGACUUCAUCAAGGGAACAAAGCUUUCAUUGGCCUUGUCCAGGAUGGCGCUGGUCAAAAGUGGAUGGCUCCACAGGCAAAGCACCAUCCUGCGGAGAUGGAAGAAGAACUGGUUUGAUCUGUGGUCCGACGGACGGCUCGUGUUCUACGAUGACCAGCAGCGGCGCGACAUGGAGGACGAGAUUCACAUGAGGAUUGACUGCAUAAACAUCCGCAAUGCCAAUGCCUGUCGAGAAUUGACCCCUCCUGAGGGCAAGGGUCGGGAUUCCCUUCUUCAGAUAGUCUGCAGGGAUGGACGGAUUAUCAGCAUCUGUGCUGACAGCUCCGAUGACGCCCUGGCAUGGAGUAUGGCUCUUCAGGAUGCCCGAGUCAAUACAGUCAUGGCUGCUCCUCAGGUUGGCUUUGCUGAGGAGGUGGUCGCCUCAGCUCCUCCACCAUACUCCGAGUGCGCCCCAGCCUCUCAGGUGUAUUAUCCUGAUCAGUACGGAGGCUACGUUCCUCAGGCCCCUCCACACGGCACGCAGAUGGUCUACACUGCAGAUGGGCAGUACUACACUGUUGCCUACCCUUACCAGUACCAAGGUGCAUAUCCUCCCGCUGAAGUUAACCACAUCAUUGUCCAAGAGCGGCGCCGUGAAGACGCCGGUGAUGUCGCACUGGGCAUGCUCGCCGGUGCUGCGACAGGAUUGGCUCUCGGAUCCCUCUUCUCUGUUUUCUAACGCGUUUGGUCACCGCCUACAGCAUAUAGCUCUGUCUUACUCUACUCAGAUCACAUACUAUCCAGGCAGCUGUCCGUCCUAGAUGAAGGGUUAUUCGCAGCACUGCUGCAAUAUAAUACUUAUAGACUUCCAUGUGUUAGUUUUCAAGUGUAUCAGUCUAAACUAACCUCCCUGUCUUUGUACCAAAGACCAGUUAUCCCUUGUAUCUCAACGAAUUAUCAGGCUCUUUGGCAAGGUACUCUCAUUAGAAUAAUGGUGAAAAUACAUUGAUCACACUGGUGAGCUGAAAACAAUGAAGGGAACAAAAAUGUAAUAAUUUUAUUAAUGACCAUUGACAUUGAUAUGUGUUAAAUAGACAGUGCUUUUUCAGCAAAGCUCACUAGUCGAUAUGAUGUAAUCUAAGUUCCAGAUAAUGAAACCCUCCAUGGUAGAAAUCUAGUACUGUGAUUGACUUGAUUGAUUCUCUUGUGUGUAAACAUAAUGGGUGCCUUCUUGGUCUGUCGCAGGAGGGGCUAACCGUUUCUGUAUUUUUAAUUUAUUUAUUUUGUCUUUUUUGGCACUAUUGCUUUGCACCUUAACCCCCGUAGACCCAUGGCAACCAUACUGCCUAAGGUUCUCCUUAAUGUGACUCACUCCCCAGAGACGAGGACCAAAGUCCUAGAGACCAUUUUCCCUAUGUUGUAUGUCCAAGGCUUGACAUUUGUCUUAUCAUUUCACCAUCCUUUGUCUUUGAAAAAUGUUUUAUUUUAUGUCUUUACAUAUACAAACUUGAAAUAUUUUUUUUUGUGUUAUGGGGCCUGAUUUUUAGUUAAGUGAUAAACCUGUGUCAGUUAACUUGGGCAAGGUGUAAAAAUUGUAUUGAACAGUUUUGUUGUUGUAAUACAGUAAAUGAAGGCAUGGCACUUUUGAUUCUUCAAGAUCAAGAUUACUUAAAGCUCAAUUACGUUCUCCGUGGAGUAUACUACAAAUGCUCAGAGGUCCUUUGGUGAUUCCUUGCUCAUUUGGCACAGAGCCGUAAAUGUUGUGGAAGAAGAACCUGGGUGCAUUUGCUGAGCAAAAGAAUAUACACCUGGGGUAUUCCAAGACUCUGUCUCAGUAGUAAACCAGUUAAGGUAACAUUGAAAUAGUGGUAAUCUGGUAAAUAAUCUAAUAGAAAAGACUAGAGUCCUCAUUUUCUUAACUAAAAAACACCUGGGUUAUCUAUUAGUAAGUUUACCACUUUAUAUAGGUUAACUUUGCCAGGUUUGUCACUUUACCUCUGAGCUCUUCUACCACAAGAUUGACUUAUACCCUUGUAGUGUACCCCAUUUGUCAGAUGCACAAUUAUGUACCUGUAAGGGUGUGUAUGGAAUAUAUUUAUUUCGCUUCUGCUUUUUAGCCUCCAGCAUCCAGUUGAUGUGAAUGUUGGUGUCAGGACUAGACUAGUUGUACUCAAAACACUGUGCACUUUUGAACCCAGUACUAAAUCAUUGACAUUAUUAAUCUACAGCACUACAUUGUGCUUUUCCUUAUCAUGUGGUGUCUGUUAUCAUUUCAGGUGAGUACUUGUAUAAAAAUAAUUAUGAAAAUG